UUCAUGAUUACAUGAAAUAACAGAAACAAAUUUCUACCUGAAAAUUAUUAGAAAAAAGACGAGUAUUGCAUAAGAGCAAAAACACUCUGGUACUCUUUUUUCUACUAGGUAAUCAAGUAUUUGAAGUAGGCUGCCAACAUGCAUCAUAUGCAUUUAAGAAUCUAUAAUUCAUAUUUAUUUUGAAUAAUUGAAUGUAGUUCUGUAAUGACACAGUUAUACUCUAGGUAAUAUUGGUAUGAUGAAAAAUGAAUAUUUUUGAAUAAAAUUACAAUUAUUGUUGUAGAUCUAUAGAACUUUUAAAGUAGCCGUAAAUAUAUUUAUUUACUUACCUCUUCCUGUGGAAAAUAAGCAAGACAGAAGGUCGAACAAAUCAGCAAAACAAGCACACGUCUGAUCUCCAUGAUGAUUUCUAAGUUAAAUGAUAAUAAUUCAUUAGCGGCGCCUAAUUGCCAAUAAUUGGUCCUUCAAUAUACUAUUCGUCACCCGUGUCGGUGGACAAUAUCAAGGUCACCUUUGAUGUUUCAGCGAUACUUCCUGUCAUCAAGCGCGUGCCGACAAGCAGCGCGUGCCACCCGCUGUGACGUGCAAAUUCAGCAUCAUGGACGGUUUCAUUCCAUUUUAAAAAUAGGAUGGCUUGGUGCUUCAGUGAAGAAGAUUCUUUCCUGCGAGUGUUUGAUCUUGGGUCCAAGGAGAAAUCCAUGAUAGUGACAGGUUUAAAGAAGGGACCGGCCAAACAUUUACGGUUACCUUCAUACAAGGAAAAGAUAAGUGUGUGGAUGCCAGAAAUUUCAGAGCCAAAGAUGAGUUCAAUGAAUCGUUCCUUCCCCUAGAGACAAGGGCAGCCUUUAUUGAGAAGUUUGAAGAGAAAGCUGACUGUUGUAAAUUGCACAUCAACAACAUUAAACCAACAACUGAAGAAAGAAUGGUUAGGCCACAUAACAUGGAGCAUGUGGAAAAGCUAAGAGAAGGCUUCCUUGUGAAUGGCAAGCACUUCAAAAUCCUGGCAGCCAUCUUCAUCUCUGGCAGCAUGGACAAAGCUGAGGUUCCUGGCAGAGUGACCCUGGAAGUUCUUGGAGGGAACCAUUCCAGAGAAGCAUUGGCAUCACUGUACAGCAGUUGUCUUGUAGACCCAUUAGUUCUCGUGACAGUGUACAAGAACAGUCUGAGUACAACAGAAUGUUUAAGUGUUGCAUAUCAGCAUAAUAAAGUGGAUGAAUUGUCACUGUCAAUGAAUUUUAUUGACAAAUGCAGAAUUCUACGAAAGAUAAAGAAAAGAAAUAAGCAGUGGUCACCAGAAGCUAGUGCAAUAUUUGGAUAUAAGUCAAAUGCUGAGGCAAGAGCUAAACUAAGGACUAUGGCUGCCGGGGCUGACCACGAUGAGGUAAUGGGGGGCACGAAAAGGCAUUUUCCCAGCCAGUGGACAGACGUGAAGCCGAUGAAGAGACUCCCUUCCACAUUUCGUUCCCUUGGUUUCAACAAUAAGGGGGGGUUUGCUGACGGUAUGGGGGAAUUGGGGAGUCAAAAGUUAUCAAAAAGGCUGUAA